AUGCCCUCUCGGCCUCGCAAUGCCGCUGCAGCAGAAGCUGUGCAGAGUCAACGUCGAUAUGACAUACCAGGCCUGCAGUUCGAAGACACCCUGACAUGGCGCGCCGGCAAACCAAUUGCCGUGGGAGACCUUCUCACACGACUCCAGAAGCUCGCUGGCCAGCUGCGCCAUUAUGACCUGGAUGAGGUCGACUCGCGUGCCUUUACCACCCUUGCGCACGAUCUGGCAAAUCCAAAUCUCCUCGGCCACAAGGACAAAGGCGUGAGAGCAUGGACCGUCUCCUGCAUUGUGGAUGUUCUCAAGAUCUGCGCCCCGGAUGCGCCGUUCAUCGAGGGGCAAUUGAAGGACAUUUUCACGGUCAUUAUCAAUUCCAUUCUCCCUGCUCUUGCAGAUCCAACCAAUGCAUACAAUGCGCAACAUGUCUACAUCCUCAACUCGUUGGCUGAGUCGCAGAGCAUCCUACUGGUAACCGACAUUCCGAACCACGAGACCUUGAUCACGUCUCUCUUCACCACAGCUUUUGAUAUUGUCGCGGGCUCUGGGAAUAACUCUUCGGGUGUGGAGGUUUCAAAGAGCGUGGAAUACCACCUAAAGAACCUUCUGGCUGCAGUUGUCGAUGAGGUUACCCUCCCUCAAGAAGUUACGGACAUCAUCAUUUCCCAGUUUAUGCGCGUGGAUACCCGAAAUGCUCAGGACCACGGAACCAAAGGCAAGAAACGGGAUGCUCGUGACAGCAAGCAAGGGACAUUGCUCCUCAAGGAGUACCCUCCAGCAUACAACAUGGCAAAGUCGCUGUGCACCACCUGUCCCGAGAAAAUGACGGCUCAUAUUACACAAUAUUUUGGAACUGUCAUCGUCGACGCGACCGCUGCUAAUGAUGUCCCUCAGCCUUCCCACAGGCGUACUGCUUCGGACCUGGAUGGCGAUGGUGAAGAAAGAGAGGGCCUAGCAGAUUUGCGGAAAGCCCAUCGUUUACUUCGAGAGUUGUGGCGUGCCUGCCCAGAUGUUCUCCUGAAUGUCAUUCCUCAAAUCGAGGAAGAAUUCUCCGCUGAUUCCCCGUCUCUUCGUCGCCUGGCCACUGAAACUGUUGGAGAUAUCACUGCCGGUAUUGGCAUUGCCGGCUUGCCUCCAUCUGUGCGCCUCGAUCCUGCUGCUUACCCCUUGCCCUCGAUUGACCGUCCAAGAGAGCUGCCUGCGCAAACCACAAACCCGCUCUUAACUCCUGCCUCCCCCAAGCCUUUUAUGGCGGUCCACGCCGCGACAUAUCGGUCCUUUCUCGGCCGUCGGAAUGACAAGUCAUAUGCUGUUCGCGAAGCAUGGGCCAAUGCGGCUGGUCGAAUCUUGCGCACCUCGGCUGGAGGCAUCGGUCUGAAUCCUCAAGAGCUUGAGGACCUGCUUUCUGGGUUUGCUCAGAUGCUUCGCGAUCCAGAAGAACAUGUUCGGCUAGCAGCCAUCCAGUCCGUCGACAACUUCCCCUACGAGGAUAUGAUCAACAUUCUGGGAGCGGAUGGCGGCCUAGCGGAGCCGUACACCGUGUUUUCCUCUUUGGCUGAGCGCGUCAUUGAUCGAAAGCACCACGUCAGAGAGGCAGCAUUUGAAUUGCUUGGUCGGAUUUGGGGCGUCGGUUCGCGCGAUAUCGAGUCGGGUAGCGAAGUCGUCAAAAGCACCAUCGGGGAGAUUCCAAACCGUAUCUUUGGCGCUUAUUUCACGAACGAACCGCACGUGCACGCUGUCAUUGACAGAGUGCUGUAUGAAAGCCUAUUGCCACUCUCUUUCCCGCCAUCAAAAGUCCAAAUAUCCCGCUCGGAAAGCCAACAACAGCGAGCCAAAGGAAAAGACGGUGGUUCACAAGAAGAAUCGGUGUUCGAUCCUGACGCCAUUCGAGCCCGUCGCAUCCUAACGCUAGUUCGAAGCUUGGAUACGAGACCUCGAGCGGUGUUUUACAGCCUUCAGAAUCGACAGGUGCAAAUGAGCAAAGGCAUCAGAGUGUUCUUGGAGACCUGUGAGGCAUAUAAUGGAGGCGUUGUGGAUGACGGCUCAUCGGAGGCAGCGCUGGAGGAGCGUCUCACCCGCAUGAUCGAGCAGCUGUCGAAAAGCUUCCCUGAUCCUGCUGAGUUUGCCGCUGACCUCUGGAGGUUUGCCAAGCAACACAAUCGUCGUUGGUAUCAAUUGAUACGAUUUGCCACUGGUCCCGAGCACGAUUACCGAACGGUCACCAAUGCCAUGAAAGAGCUCAUCAAACGAAUACGCGAAGCGCCGAGCACUUUGCAAUCGCUUGUUGAUACGAUUCAAUCGGUCUUUUACAGGUGUGCACUGCUCGUCUAUAAUCGCAGCCAUGUCCCAACGAUCAUGGCGAUCUCGCGGACUGAUGAGAGUGGUCUGGGUGAAGUGGCCCACGAGGUCCUGAAGGAGAUCUCAGCUAGGAACCCAGAAGUGCUCAAAUACCACAUUCAGACGUUGUGCAAAGAGCUCGAGGACGAAGCGCCAGCAGCUAUAAGACCCGAACAAGACGGUGCGCCUGAUACUCUGAAGGCAUGCGCGGCGUUUGCUCGAAAAUACCCGUUGGAAAUGCCCAAGGAGCGCAAGUUUCUGACUGCAUUGGCGCAGUUCGCUUUGUUCUCGAAAUCCCCACGAGCAGCGAAACAUGCCGUGACCAUUAUCAUGAUGGCGGCUGACAAAAAGGAAAUGUACGCAAAAGACCUCCUGACAAAGGCGUUGAAAGUUAUUGAGCCCGACAAUCCUCAUUUCCUUGCACGCUUGGCUGCGAUAGCGCAGGUUUGCCUCCUCGCACCAGCCGCGGCAAAAGUCGAUUUGGAUGCCAUUCAGGAGCUUGCUGUCUCGAAAAUCUUACUCCAAAACCAGUCGCCUAGUAAGAAGAACGAUCCGAGUGCUUGGGACGAGAGGCCUGACGACGAGACAAGAGCCAAAGAAUUGGCUUUGAGGAUUCUCGUGAAUCGUUGCAGGGCCCAGGAUGAAACCACGGAUACCGACGAAUUUGUGGCACUGACCAAGGAGACAUUGAAGCACCUCACGGCUUUGAUCCAGAAUGAGGGAGAAAUAACGCCGUCGAAGGAUACACCGCCCUCGCAGAAGAAUCGACUCAGGCUCAUCGCUGCACACCUGAUAUUGAAGCUCUGCAGUCAUAAGAGAAAGUGUGACGACUUCAUCGACCCUCGAACGUUCAUUUCAAUCGUGAUGAUUAUAAUCAAUCCUCCCAAUCCAGUGCGGGCUGGGUUUGUUAACUCACUGAAAAAGUAUCUUGGUCUGAACCGCUUGCACCAUAGGUGGUUCACGGCGCUCUUUCUUCUAGCUUUCGAGCCAGACACGGAGCUACGAACGUCGACUGUGACUUGGAUUCGAGCCCGGGUACAAUUCUUUGCCAGGCAGCAGCUCCAAGCAAGUCCUGCAAAUAAGAAAGGAAAUCAAAACGUAAUGGAGUCGACAUUUGCACGUCUCCUAAGUUUGCUAGCUCAUCAUCCGGAUUAUCCCGCCCCACACAGCGCCGACUUUGAGGAAGAAUUGCUCGAUUUUGCCAAAUAUAUUGUCUUCUACCUGUGGGCUGUUGCCACGGAAGAUAACCUUUCGUUGAUCUUCCACAUUGCACAGCGGGUAAAGGCUGCCAGAGACGGUAUCACAGGCACUGAUGAAGCAAGUGAGCGACUGUAUGUUCUCAGCGAUCUGUCUCAGGCGGUGAUUCGAAAUUACGCGGAUAUCAUGCCAACGCAUGCCAGGGGAUUCAACCUUCUGCAGACAUGGCCCGGCAAAGUCAGCCUCCCGCGCAACUUGUUCAAAUCACUUCCCAGCCACGAAGCAGCGCAGGAAAUCGCUGAGAAGAAUUACCUGCCCGAGGAUGUUGCUAUUGGACUAGAGAAGAUGAUUCGGUCCUAUAUUAAAGAGUUGAAGAAUGCAAGCCGACCGCCUAAGCGGGCAGUGGUGGCCGAGAAGAAGCGGAACAGUGACGCCGCGGGGUUGAACAACGAUGAGGAUGAUUGGGAAGGGAGAAAGAAAGCGGCAAAGAGGCCGAAGAAGAGUACUCUUGCCAUCCGCAGAACACCGAAACCGAAGCGCAGGAGCUCCGAGCUUGCUAACAGUCCGAACCUGCCGUCACGGAAGAGUACUCGUACUUCCAACGUCGUAUCAUAUGCAGAGUCAGAUACAGAGGAUGGGGACGUUGAAAUGAAAGACAUGAAGUCUCCUGCAAGAAGUCCAACGGCUCGGAAAAGGGUCAUGCCAAAGAAGCGAGAGCCGGACGAAGACCAGGACCAGCCGGAGAAUGGCGACGGUGACAACCAAGACGAGAGCGAAGACACAACCCACGAAGAACCAAGGAACAACGUUGAGAGGCCAGCUCAGGAGAGAGGUCCCGAAGAUCCUGCCCAUGUUGACGAGGAUGAGAAUGCUGCUGCUGCCGCCGUCAGCGAAAACGAUGAUGAGAUGGCAGAGAAGCAAGAUAUAUCCCGGCCCUCGAGGGACAAAAGGAAUGCAGUUGCUGGAAAGAAAGGACGAGGCAAGAAAACUACGACUAGGGAAAGUACAGUGGCCAAGCAAAAAACAAAGCCGGCAGUGCGGACGACCAGGCAGACGAGGAGCACGAAGACGUGA